AUGCUCCGCAAAUCAUCACUCCUCUUGACUACUGCUCUUCUGGGAUCCCACGCUCGAGGUGGCGUGCUGCCUCGAGCAAGCAUCGACCAUGAUGCUGUCGUGGGAUUUGACCAGACUGUCCCCAGCGGUACCACUGGAGAGGUGUAUCUGGCUUACCAACCGGCUCUGUAUGUGGUCAAUGGCUGCGUGCCAUUCCCAGCGGUAGAUGCUGACGGCAAUACGAAUGCCGGCCUCGAACCUACUGGGGAUCCUAGUGGGAACUGUAGCAGCAGUACUGGUCAAAUCUAUGUGAGAGGCGGCACAUCCGGGGACUAUUAUGCCCUCAUGUACUCUUGGUACUUUCCCAAGGAUGAGCCAUCGACAGGCCUGGGCCACCGCCAUGAUUGGGAAGGUGUUAUUGUCUGGCUGUCCGAUUCUACCUCCACGUCCGCUGAUAACAUCGUCGCUGUUUGUCCGUCGGCACAUGGGGACUGGGACUGUUCGACAGAUGGCUACAGUCUGGAUGGCACCAGCCCAUUAAUUCAGUACUACAGUACCUGGCCAGUGAAUCACCAAUGUGGGCUGACAUCCACUGUGGGCGGUACACAACCCUUGAUCGCCUGGGAGAGUCUCCCUACCGCUGCCAGUACGGCAUUGGAGAACACGGACUUCGGAGAUGCUAAUGUUCCCUUCAAGGAUGCAAAUUUCGCAUCCAACCUCGGAAAGGCCACUUUUUGA